ACUUUACUGGACCCGCAUCCAACUGCAUGCGAAGAAGAACACUGGCCCUCUGGUUUGGGAGGAAAUUGAAGAACCCUCAGUAGACUUUGGAGAAUUUGUGGAUCUUUUCUCCAAAACUGCUGUUAAGGAAAAGAAGAAACCCAUUUCGGAUACAAUCACCAAGUCAAAGGCCAAACAGGUGGUGAAACUGUUGAGCAACAAGCGUUCGCAAGCUGUCGGCAUCCUGAUGUCCAGCAUUCACCUCGACAUGAAGGACAUCCAGAAUGCCGUGCUAAAUAUGGACAACACCAUCGUAGAUCUGGAGACUCUACAAGCUCUUUACGAAAAUAGGGCUCAGAAUGAUGAGAUGGAGGGCAUUAGGAAGCACGUUAAAUCAGCCCAAGACAAAGAGGAUGCUAAGCCAUUGGACAAGCCAGAACAGUUUCUCUUUCAAUUAUCCCAAAUUUCCAAUUUCUCUGAGCGGGUGUUCUGCAUCCUUUUUCAAUCCACAUUCCAAGAGUGCAUCACCUCAAUCCUGCGCAAGAUGGAGAUCCUGCAAAAAGUGUGCAUGAGUCUGCAGAGCAAUAAGGCUGUCAUGCAGAUACUGGGCCUGGUGCUGGCUUUUGGAAACUACAUGAAUGGAGGUAAUCGUUCUCGGGGACAAGCAGAUGGCUUCACCUUAGACAUUCUGCCAAAACUGAAGGAUGUUAAAAGCAGCGAUAAUUCCCAGAGUCUCUUGUCCUACAUUGUUGCUUACUAUCUAAGGCACUUUGAUGAGGAUGCUGGCAAGGAGACAUGUGUCUACCCUCUGCCUGAGCCCCAGGACCUUUUCCAGGCCUCUCAGAUGAAGUUUGAGGACUUUCAAAGAGAUCUCCGAAAGCUGAGAAAAGACCUAAACGCUUGUUCGGCUGAAACUGAGAAAGUUUGCAAGCUGUCCUCCGAGGAGAACCUGCAUCCAUUCAAGGACAAGAUGGACGAGUUUCUCAGUCAAGCUAAAACGGAUCUGGAAUCGCAGGAGAAGCAGCUGACAGAGACUCAGAAUACCUUCCUGGAGCUGACUGUGUCCUUCUCAGUUAAACCCAAGGCAGGAGAGAAAGAAGUCUCCCCCAGCACUUUCUUCUCCAUUUGGCACGAGUUUUCUACGGAUUUCAAGGAGCAGUGGAAAAAGCAGAACAAACUGAUGUUAAAGGAAAGGGUGAAAAUGGCAGAGGAAAGUUUCAAGCAGGCCAGACAGAAGACUUCCUACAACGUGACAACCAAAAAUGCCACUGGAAUAAAAGCAAAACUGGGUAAGAAGAUGUGAAGCAGAGAAUGGAAAAUA